AACAUCCUGAAUAAUAGCAAAUUUUACGAUCAAAUAGGAAAUCAGUGUCACGUGUUUAGUUCUUUUGAAUGUCUUCCUGUUGCUAAACGUAAUGUGUUCUAUCACUCAAACAUGUAUCGGGGAAAAUAUUUAAAGCAUAAAUUUCCUUAAUGGAAAAUGGUGGAUAAAUAGUUUGUAUGGGUGUUCCAGGGAAGCUAAUAAGAAUGAGUCGUAUUGCACCAGUUUUUAUUUUGAUUUUAAUGACUACAUUCGGCGAUGGACUCAACUUUAUAGCUUCCGAAGUACAAGAGGAGGACAGUAGAGAGGUAUAUCCGGAGAAAGAAUGCACACUGAAUCGGGACAAUACCAUCAACGCUCGAGCAAUCAUAUUGUGGCAACGUAAUCUAAAAUUAGCACUCAAAACAGAUAAUGUAUUUGUUGUCAAGUUCCGGAAAAAGAACACGACAGAAGAGUUCCAGUGUAUUUGCCCUAAUAAACCAGAAGCAAACAUACAGAAGGUUACGUAUAUUGACAGCGAAAAUGCUACAUGUUCAGAGAGUGAUCCAGUAGUAGAUAAUGUCGAAUACUGGAUUCCUAAUGGUACAAACGUUGGUAUUCAGUUUAAAGACGGAACCUAUGGAAACUGCAGUUUUGCAAGGCAGAAAACUGAAGGUGAAGCGGUGACAUUUUGUUUACAAGCUUAUGAGCGUGUACCUGCAAGUGGAAGCGUUGUAGAUAUCUUGCUACCUGUGUUAGCGGCAGAAGUGUUCACAAUUAUAGUAUUUCUUGGAGUGUGGCGAUUAAGCAUAAAGUAUCACUGUUUUGAUAGGAAAAAUGAACUCAACUUUUUCGAUGUAGAGUUGAAUAGAAAUAUAUCCGAUGUUUCAGAAGGAUUAUUUCCAAGCUCACCAAUUUCAAUAAUAUCUUCUGAAAGAUCAAGCAAACUGUCAGAACACCAAUCACACUCUUCAGAAGAGAAUAAAGAAAUUACCCCCAAACAACUGGCACCAGAAAUACCAUUAACCAUAGAAAUCCCUGAAAUCAAACCGAAAGAAAGCAUACCCGUUGACAAGGGAAAUGUUACAAAACCUCAACCACCUUUAACACUUCCCAAACCUAAACAAUCUUUUACUGCCAAGCUUUCUGAGACAUUAUCUCAUCAAACACGAUUCUUCCAACCUGCUCUACCACCUGCUGAAUUACCCAAGAGAGAAAUGGAUAGAAAGCCACAGAAUCAACAGAUUACUAAGCCACAGGAUAAAAGGAUUAUUCCUGGGUUUCUGACUGAACUCGAACAGAAACAAAAGUAUAUUUUACGUACUAAAGUAAAAAAUAACAUUGAACGAGAUAGUCGUAUUGUGUCAACUGAGAUAGAACAUGUUGAAAUCUUGAACAAAAAAUGCAAUCGUGGGACGUAUAUCGAUAUGUCUGGUCUGCAUAAAUUGAAACGUAAUCCUGAAAAAGAAGGUAUAUAUGAAAACAUGACGGCUUUAAGACGUAUGGGACAAAUGAUUGGUCGAACAGAGACUAAGAAUGAACAUAUGUGUAGCCGAAUAAUAGGGAAAGAAGAAGCCCAUUACUAUGAAAUAGGAAGCAGUGAAUGCGAUUCAAUCUUCGGAAAUUUAAAGGAUAGAAACCCUGACAGACCAGUGAUAUGGAACAUGAAAACCAGAGAGAAGGAGUUCACAUAUAUCACUAAAAUUGAAACAAAAGAGGAGGUCAAUCGUAGGAAAAAGUUGAACAGAUUUCGUAUUUCGAAACAAACUACUUCAUUUGAACCUCAGUACAUUUCAGUAUUUUUCGACGAUAGGUCCAACACAGAUAGCAUCGGGACCGGUUCGGAUUUUGAUCGACUGUCUUAUAUUUCCGCUCUUGAUGGAGUAUAUAGAAGUUCCGCAAGUGCAAGUAUCCACAACGGUCAUUUUGCCUACGUAUUUGAUGGAAUGAAAGAAUCAAAACUCCCAGGUACAGAUUCUCCAGAAUUCAUAAACAAAGCAUUUGAGGAUUCAACAGAGAAAGAUGAAUCCUUAACACAGAGAUUGUCAAUAGCCAGUUCAGAUUCUGGACUAAGUGACGACGAAUCAAAAGAGAAUGGUUGUCUUGUUUGUUGCUAUCAUGAAAAUGUUGUAUAUGUUAACAUAUCAGAAGUGCAGAAACCCCCAAUUCCACCAAAGAAAGGUGGUUUUAGAAGAAAGGGAAGUGUGAAGUCAACAAUCGAGAAAAAAGAAGAAAUAAGGGUACGGAUAGUGAACAACGAGAACGAGCAAAGGAAGUCAACAAUACACAUUGAAUAAAUUCAAAGGUUGAUUCUUGUGAUGUACAACAAGCUGUUUGAUACUUUUCUACUGUAUUUGAUGUGGAUGUAUAUUUAAAAUGUUUGCUUUCAAACUGAUUUAUGUUAUGAUUUUUCAAUAACUUGUACUAAAAUCAUCAAAACUAAAUGGAUCCUUGAUUAUCAUACGUGUAUUUGAACUGUGAGGAUUUGUAUGUUUGAGACCAAUUCUAAAGACGAAUGAUAGAAUCUGAGAGACUAUUCAAAAUUUUGUUUACUGUUACACCAGAGAAAUUUUAUAUGGAUGAAAAACGGAGGAUAUGUACUGAUAUUUAUAUUUUCAUGCAUAUUUUAAAAAGAAGUCAGCCCUACAACGAUAUAGAAUGAGGGUUGUCAUAAAUGUACAUGUGGCUCGUGCUUAUUCUGUGAUGUUUAAAGCGACAUAUGCGACGUUCCUCGAGAAUAUAUAAUUUUCGUGACAAUUCACUAGCGAUCUGUUUUAUACUUAGCAUAUUCUGAGAGUUCCUGGUCGUUGCAAGCAAAUUGUAAAGUCAGCUCUUAUGUAUUACAUAAGGUUGAUUGAUUGAUUGUAUAUUGUUUUACGUCCCGUUCGAGAAUUUUUCACUCAUAUGGAGACGUCACCAUUACCGGCUGCAAAAUUUAGGCCUACAGUACCAACCUGACAGAAAACAGUCCCAGUAAACAAACCGAAGAGCGGUCCCAGUAGGCGGGGUUAAAAUAACUAGUGGGAGGAGCUAAGCCGACAGUGAGAUUAUCAAUAAAAAAUGUCGAUACUCGCUUGAGCGCGUCAAUACGGUAGUCGAAAUCGACGAUAAAUAACUUGCAAUGUUAUUAAAGAGAACAAUAAUACAUGACACAUGAAAACAGCACAUAUUCAAAAUACUUUUAUGGCACUUUUUCAUGAAUUUAUAACAAAAUGAUAGUUUAUGAAUACGAGUGAAAAAAGAUACAUGCAGAGUCUGAUAACCACAAUUUCACAACGUAAAAUCAAUUGACGUCCAUGUUCUGUCAGGCAAUUUUAUUGUUGUUAUUCAUUAUUUUGUUUAAUAUUUGAUACAUGUGAAGUGUAUCUUGGGUUCUGAAAACUAUGUAGCAUAAUUAUAUUUAUUUCUUGACUGGGUUAUUGAAAUAAAUGUGUUUAAAGUCGCCUAAA